AUGGCUUCCUCGGAUUCCCCUCUGCUACUGCCGGUCAAGCUGGAUGCGUUUGUGCUGAACCCGGCAGUGUGCGAUGGGGUCGAGGCCGACGAGGCCAAAAUCGCGCCGAUCACGCAGCCUAACUAUAGCUAUCUUCGCCUUCAGCCCAACAUGCUGCAGAAUGACGUGAUUCGCCCGAUUGAACUCCACGCCGCCGCCCCACACGACAAAAAUACUCGAAUCUCCCACUUGGGGCUGGUCAAUGGGGAGGUGCCAAACACCCCGCAGCUCCGCAAAGAGCGACUGGGCGUGUAUCUGCACUGGAUGAUCCCUCGACUCUAUCGCACGGGAGCAGCAGCCACUGGGCCAGAAGCGGACCGAUCCAGGCGUCGACGAGGUUUGACCCCUCACCUGGGGCUGCAUGACGAGCCAGCACUGCAGAUGCCCAUCUUCCCCGAGACGCCCAAUCGGUGGCUGGUCGUCCGUCGCCUCCGCCAGGAUGAGCCGGUGGUGCCCGCGGAUGCGAACUGUAAGCCCGUGACCGCCUGGAUAGUGGAGAGCGACUGGAUGAGAACGAUUGACGAGUUCAAUGACACCAACGACGAUCGGUGGGACAUUGAAGCCAGCGUGUCACCUUACCUAAAGACAGGAGGCCUCGAUCCUGAUGAAGGAUCCACCCUCAAUCAGCAGGCGGAAGUCUUCAUUGGGGGCCGUGAGACGGCUGCAGAAUGGGAUGCAGCAGUCAGUGCAAAGCGAAAGCGCGUCGAUCUAGGCAUCCUCAACUCGUCCAAUCAACUCUUCGCCGAUUACCAACCCCACAACACCAAUGUCUUUUCGACGAUCGACACGUUCCGGUGCGAUGAUGGAAAGUAUCUCACCCAGGCCACAGCAGACUACUUCGUGCUGGGCUGGCAUGCUGAAGAGCGUAAGGAUCCCUUGCAUCUCAAGGACCCCAUGAAGCGAAGCGAUCGGCUUGAUGCCCUGUCACUUGCCCUGCAUGGAGCCGAUGCAGAAGACCCUGCGGAAGAGGUCAAGAAGUGGCUGGAGGCGGAGGAGAGCGCCAGAGUGCUCUGUCAUGGAGCCAUGUACAACGUGAAAUGGGAUUUUAGCAAAAAGCCCACCACUGUCCCUGCCGACGAGGUUGCGCGAAAUUUCCAAGCCAAUGAGCCGGUGGCGGUCGGCACAACUGCUUUAGACGCGUUAUUGGCGUACGUCAGACCCCAUCAGGUGAAGGAUGCGGAAGAUGUACUCGCACAACUCGGCCCAUUGCUGCAGGCGCAGAGCGAAAGCAUUGAGGACCGUCGUGCGGCGGCGGAUGAGGUCCAGAACUACAAUUUUGCACGCUACGCCGGGGGUUCCAAAUACAUGUUCGAGAUCGACCCAAAUCACCCGGCUGCACCCCCGUCGCCUACCGCGGUCAAGCUGCUGGCAAAGCUCAAUGAGAGUCAGACACUGCAGGACGCUACAACCAGGCAGCUGCAGCAACUUCGAUGGGAUCUCUUCGCCCUGUGGUGGAGAUUCUCUACCGACAAGCAGCGACAGGAGCAGACGGAGAAGUACCAGGCGGAGACGGACAAGCUUCGGAGGAAAGUCGUUGCCCUGGAGGAUGCUCUCAAAGUUCAGGAAAGCGUGAUCCAAGAAACCCGAAGCGAGAUCAAUGAGGAUGUGUCGGUAGAGCUCAAGGAGGCAACCGGGCCGGCCUUUAGCCAACAGCAGGACCCGAGCAUCCUCCUGGGCAAUGUCCAAUCGGGCUGGCCUCUGGACUACCUGGAUGCUCUCAAAGUACGCCUGGCAACCCACAUUGACGAGACUGACUUACCGGAGAUUCCCGAGACGGAUGACUAUGGGUUUCGAUGCUUACCGGACGACACGGUAGAGAAGACCGCAAAGCUACUGGCACGCGAAUUCAUACGCUAUGGCAGCAAGCAACCCCAGAGCUACCGUCAGGAGUCAGAAUUCACUCCCCCGUUGUAUCACGAUCAUGAGCGCGAUCAGUGGAAGGAUCAGCAGCCUUGGUUCCCACUUUUCUUGGAGUGGGAAGCCGAGUACGUCCACAUCGACUAUGAACACUGGGAUAUGGAAGGGAAGAAAAUUGGGAAUGACGACCCCAUAUUCCGAUACAGAGUCAAACCAAAGCCGGUAUGGGAUCUCGACAUCACAGAUAGACGAACGAUCACGGGGAGGAUUCUUCUCCUUCCCCAGGCGGCGUUUUCGCUACGGGCGCAACUUGAACGUCUGUACAGCAGCACACCCGAAGAGGUCCUUGACAAGACUGGCACAACAAAGGAGCAACGAGAGGCCCUCCUGAAUGAUGUCACUAAGCUGCCUUUCAUCUCAGCCCCCCUGGACGGAUUCACAAACCAUCUGCUCACGCUGGCGGAAGGUAGCCAUCUCAAGCCUAACAACCGACACCCAGGUGGACAGCCACAGCCUCUAGAAGAUGCCUACAUGUACUCAAAGGAUAUUGGCAUUGGUGAAACGGAGGUCGCAAAGAUGGGGCUGGAGACCGACCUAACCCCGUACGCAUCAUUGGCCCGGCUCUCCCACACCGAAGACAAUGAUCUUCCUGCCUUUAAGCCAGUUACCCACGGUCAAUUCAAGUUCACCAAGCUAAACGUUUUUGACAAGUUUGGCCAAGCUGCCGCGGUCAUUGAUCCUCGUCGAAAUGUCGACGCAUAUGUAUGUCCGUGUAUUGGGGAAUACUACGAGCCGCAGGUGUACAAUGACGGCUCCAAAGAUUGGCCCAAUGUGGUCGAUGAGCCGAGGAAUCCCGGAGAAUGUGAGUUUCUUCAGAUGCCCCCCAGCAUCAACCAGCCAUCACGGUUGCAUAUGAACUUUAUCACUCUCGAAGAGUACGAAGAACAGCCUUACUGGCGGCCAGUCACGGAGUGGGAGAAUCCAAUUUGGGGCUGGGUGUUGGUUAACUAUGUCGACUACGGUGUUCAAUUCUUUCAGCCCGAUGGCACCUUUUAUCGUGAAGUCCGUGUUGCCGCACCAAAUCACCCAGAUGGUAGCGUAGCUACGGAUAAAUGGCUACCUUUUGAGCCUCCCUCCGCCGAUGAGCCUCGCCAGCUCGACCGAUUGAUCGAUCAGUUUACCAACAAGGAGGUCAACGAGGACAGCCGCGAAUAUCUGCUCGCUUUUAUGAACCUGAUCACUGCCGCUACCCUGCGUGCAAAGUCUGUCCCUGGCGCGUACAGCCAGUGUGUCAAUUCCCUGAUCGGUCGACCGCUUGCCCUGGUCAAUGCUGGCAUCUCUCUCGAGCUGGGAAGUGACGCCAAACGCGGUCAAUCUACAUUCGAAGACCAGGAAUUUAAGCGUUUGCCACGGACCCUGAUACCGGAGAAGGGAACCUCCGUGAAUCCCCCGCCGCAGUAUGCAUUUCCCCUGAAGCUAGGCGACAAAGAUCGAGCUUACGAUGGUCUGGUGGGGUACUUCCGGGCUUUCGACCAAGUCGAAAAAGAAAACGCCCUAGACCUUGGAGACCUCUACACACCAUACGAGUUCACCUCGAAACAGAUCCAUCUGAUUGGCAACGAGAAUUUCCCAAAACUUCGAGCCUUCUGGCUCGAUCCAGAGGAAUACGCGGCAAAGGAGGACGGCGCAGCGAAGUUCACCAUUGACCGGCACAGACAGCAAACAGCCUAUUGCUUUCUGAUGGACCCCUUCAGCCCGGUUAAUGCUUAUUCGAGUAUUCUCCCCAUUGAGCCGUUAUCCUUGCCGUCCUGGACGUGGGAAUCGGCCCUGAAGCGCAUGACGGCUUUCUUCCACUUUGGCCCCCUCGUAGUGGCCGAUGAUGUUCCCAAAUAUAUUCCCUCCAAGCGCUUGAAACCAAACUACGACCUGACCAAGGAGGGAGAGAAGAGUGAGACGGUAGCUGGGAAUAACAUCAAACUGCCUUCGUUGGGUGUGGCGGAAUGGAGCUGGCUCCAACCCUAUCCCAACCCCGAUGCUAGGGAUACUACGGCCGUGGUUUCUCCGGCAGACGAGGACGGUAAAGCGGAAGAGGUGUAUAUGGCCCUCGAUAUUGGAACGAUUGACCCAGUGCCUACGUGGGAAAAGGGACCUCUGACGGCGGUGGAAGGGUUUUUGCAGAUGAAGCGAGCUAUUACUGCGCCAGAGGUGUAG